CGGCAGGAUGGCUUGAACUCUUCCCCCGUCCUCCCCCCUCCCCCGUCUCCUCUCCCUCCAACGUUGAUCUGGAGUUGACCGCGAAAGUACGAUGUCAAGCGUCAACCGCUCUGCUUUCAUGUACGAUGCUCGCCUUCGUACAGCGUCCCUAGAAUCCAACAGUCGGUCUUCCGUCGAAGACUCGCCAAUAUCAACGUUGGUAGACGAUAUCCCGGACAUGGACAUCCUCGACGACACCGCCAUGGCCUACGAUCCGACCAUGCCCCCGCCGCGGUAUCCAGCGUCGGUGUUCGCUUCCACGCCGAUCGCGUCCACCUCCUCGUCCUCCUCCAUCUCCGUGUCCUACAGCCGCCCGCCCCCAGACUGGUCCCGCACCGCCACGCGCCGCGCCGGCGCCCUCUACUCGACCCCCCUCUCCGACACCGACAGCGGGAUCAUGCUCACCGACCCCGCCCCGGUCCGCCGUCGGCCCUCCUCCGUCCUCUCCCGCGCCUCCGCCUCGUCCUCGCAGACCAAGGCGACCAUCCCGCGCUCGAUCCUUUCCCGGACCGACCAGUGCCCCGCGAUCCGGCGCCAGCACACGCAGCACUCGGUCAAAUUCGUGGACAUGCCCACGAUCCACUACGACGCGUACGAGGACGAGGAGUACUCCGACGACCCGAUGGACUCGGCCGACUCGGACCUGAACGUCUGCCGCCGUCCCCGGCCCGGUGCCCACCACACCCACCAUCGCCACCACCACCACCAUCCCUCCUUCGUCCCCGAGGAGCCGCCGAAAGACGAAAAGACCAAGCCCGGGCUGUUCAAGCGCCUCGCCCGGCUGACGUCGCCCAAGCCCAAGGCGAGGCCACCACCGCGCUCCGGCACCGAGCGCCGCCCGUCGAUCUCCGGGCCGUACCCCCUCGCCCCGCCUCCGCCAUUGUCCGGCGCGACCAGCGACACCAAGAACCGCCGAGGCGCCGGGCGCGCCGCGAGCAUCCGCUCGGUCAAGUCGGACAGCAGCAUGCGCAGCAGCGGGCGUCUGCGCACCUUCCUCGGCAGCCUCGUAUCAUGACUUUUUCGCCUCUUCUUCUUCACCUUCUACCCGUCCACCUGUGGACCUCUUGUUGUCGUCGUUGUUGUCGGUGGACCUCGCUCCACGCCACUCUCUCGCCAGAGCAGGGAUCGCUGCCUCGAUCGUCUCUCUCUCGCUCCAAAGGGGACGCGCCGUCCCAGUACCCGCUCACCGUCGCGCGUCGUCCGGUUCGACGGGAGUCCGAGAUUCUCUCCCGGCUGACGCGGACGCGUUGAGCGCGGUCACGACGUAGUUGCUGGACAAUCAUGCCCCUCCGUUUGGAUCAGGACGAGAUGACCGAGGUGUCAGCGAUUGUGGUUGAUGUCGAAGUAGGGGUCUGUUCGUACAGCAUAUAUCGCCAAGUUCAUGUACAUGUGCAUGCAUCCGUGUUUCGGAUGACAUACAGUGGUCUAUAUAGCGCCCUU